AAACACGAUAUCAAGCCCCACGAUAACCUUCCAAGCCACAUGUUGCGCAACAACUGUGCGUAACCAUCCGAAGACCUCAUCAAAGUCAAUUGCAAAUUGAUAAGAUUUUAUUCGUUCAAAAGUGCCUCCUAGUGCUUGCACCACUUCCAGCUCUUUGUAACUCUGAUUCUUGAAGACAGUUUAAUCAAAAUGAGUGAAACUAUUGACUACAACAACCCCUAUUGCAACUAUCGAUCCCCCCUGAGCACCAGGUAUGCCAGCAAGGAAAUGCAGUACAAUUUCAGCGACCAGAAGAAGUUUUCCACUUGGAGACGACUCUGGAUCAACCUGGCCAAAGCAGAAAAGGAAUUGGGGCUGGACAUCAGCGAUGCCCAAAUCGCCGAGAUGGAGAGAAAUGUGCACAAUAUCAAUUUCGCGGAAUGUGCGGAAGAGGAGAAAUUGACGAGGCACGAUGUUAUGGCCCACGUGCACGUUUUCGCAAAACAGUGCCCGACAGCGGCACCCAUUAUCCAUCUAGGGGCGACCUCGUGCUUCGUGGGGGAUAACACGGAUUUGAUUGUUAUCAAGGAUGGGUUGGAGCUGUUGCUGCCAAGGGUUGCGGGGGUCAUCCAGAAUUUGGCCCGCUUUGCCGAACAGUACAAAUCCCUCCCAACGCUGGGCUUCACCCACCUCCAACCCGCCCAACUGACCACCGUCGGCAAACGCGCCACGCUCUGGCUCUUCGACUUCCUCCUCGACGAGGAGGAAUUGCGCCAAAUCAAGGCCAAGCUCCGCUUCCGCGGCGCCAAAGGCACCACCGGCACCCAGGCCUCCUUCCUCCAGCUCUUCGACGGCGACGGCACCAAAGUCCGGAAGUUGGACAAACGCGUCGCUGAAUUAUCCGGCUUUGCCAAAACCUACCCGGUCACUGGCCAAACCUACACGCGCAAAAUCGACCUCCAGGUCGUGGGGGCGCUCUCCCAUCUAGGGGCCUCCGUCCACAAGAUGUGCUCCGACUUGCGCCUCUUGGCCAACAUGAAGGAAAUCGAGGAGCCAUUCGAGACGACGCAAAUCGGCAGCAGCGCCAUGCCCUACAAGCGAAACCCUAUGCGGUCGGAACGGUGCUGCGCCCUCGCCCGGCAUUUGAUUUCCCUGCACUCGAACGCGGCAAACACGCAUGCCGUCCAGUGGCUGGAACGCACUCUGGACGACUCGGCCAACAAGAGAUUGACGCUCCCGGAGGCGUUUCUGAGCGCCGAUGCCGCGCUCAUGGUUCUGGAGAACAUAACGCAAGGCCUGGUCGUGUACCCGAAGGUGAUCGAACGAAGGAUCAUGCAGGAGCUGCCCUUCAUGUCCGCGGAGAACAUAAUCAUGGCCAUGGUGAAGAAAGGGGGAGAUCGGCAAAUUUGCCACGAGAAAAUCAGGGUUUUGUCGCAACAAGCGGGCGCCCAGGUGAAGGAACACGGGAAGGACAACGAUUUCCUGGAUAGGGUCAAGGCGGAUAAAUACUUCCAACCAAUCGUCGGGGAUUUAGCCACGAUCCUGCAACCGUCCACUUACAUAGGCCGGGCGGCGGAACAAGUCACCGAGUUUUUGCAAGAGGAGGUUGCCCCAAUCCUCCAAAUGUACAAGAAUCAAUUAAAGGAGCACAAAACCAUCACUCUGAACAUAUAGUUGUGUCGUUUUAUCAAUAAAGAGUCGCUCGUU